GAGCGCGGUUAAUUCGUGUUUUCAAUGUGGAGAAUAUGGCGUGAAUAUGAAGCAUAUAGGAAUUUAAGUUUUUGGUGACCGAACAUGGACUGCGACCGAGGGAUGUUUUGCCCGUUUUGUGGUAAACACAUGAGCAGCUUAACGCAGUUUUGCUUUACGUGUGGUCGGUGUUUGGAGUUUUUAAAGGACGCGAACCAGACGGAAACACAGGGGACUUCUCGACAGCCGGACAGUGCUAAGCAAACAGAACAACCAUGCCCAUCAUACAAACAGUUCAUGGAGUAUAGAAGCUCGAAGUCAAAAGAAAGACAGUCUUUUAACUAUGGGCCAAAAGGAAGAUCUAGGCUUAAAGAAAGAAAAAACGUCCAGGUUUUUGAACCACAAAAUCGAAGUACUCCCAAAUACAAACUGGAAGAUGAAAGAGAUGCACCAGGACAAUCAUCAACAAUUCAGCCAGGACAGAUAGUAAUAUCUGAUGCUGAGGAUCUGGAUCCACCUGAAACAAAUCCAGAAAAACCGUCUUGCUACAGUAAAUACACAGACCUGUUUUCACCAAAUGUUGAGCAAGAAGACGAAGAGCCGGUUGCUGUCAAUGUGACGAAUUUUCAACACACAGCAAUGGAGGAGACGGGCAUUACAUUACCUGACAUCGUGGCAAACCUGUCACUUCCUAUUAAUCACAAAAAAGUCAGCCGGUUCAACAUCUCAAGGGCUAACUUUUGGGAUGGGGCAGUCAGAGGUUUCAAGCGUACAACCUAUUCUGAAACCUGUGACAUGCUGGUGAAAUUUACUGAUGAUACUGGUGUUCUGGAAGAGGGAAUUGACACUGGUGGUCCAAGACGAGAGUUUUUGACUCUACUGAUGAAACACCUAAAAGACCGGCCCAUUUUUGAUGGACCAGAAGGACAUCGGUUCUUGGUCUACAAUGCAAAUGAUUGAGAAUGCUGCUUCAUUGGAUGCUCUGCAAGAAUGUAUGAUGAGACACAGCACAAUGUUACAGACAGCAGGUUGUCUGAGACAUGUGGCUACUGUGGAAGAAAAGAAAGAAAUCGUGUCAGACUACCUCCAAUGGUAUAUUAUUGACCGCAACUCAUCUGUAAUUAAAAGGUAAGAUGAUAUUUGUGGUGAUGAUUUUCUUCUUUUUUUUAUGUAUUUAUAUACAAAUUUUCUAGUUUGAAAUGCCUCAUGGUCCCCAUCUUUGGUUUAUGCAGGCAUGUAUAUCUGUUAUCAAUUUGUCACUGUGACAGAAUUUGUACCUUAGUGUAUUUCAACUGAUAUGUGAUGUUCCUUCAUUCUGUCAAACUACAGUGCCUUCAUUAAGUCUUCUCACCUUAUAGAUGUAAUUUAAAAUAUAUAUUAAUCUUUUCCUCAUCAAUCUACACACAAUACAUCAUAAUGACAAAGCAAAAACAGAAAUUAGAUCUCAGGAUUCUCCUCCUGACUAAUUCUUCCAUAGAGGAAAAUCAGUCCAGUUACUCAUUAGAGUGAUCUGAAUCUAUUUCUGACCCCAGUUCUCAUAGAGAUCAUGACAUGCAGAGAUGUUUUAGUAUCUCUUGUGUGUGUCCCUGAAAAUCAGAUAUAAAGAGUGUGGUGAUGUUGAUGGGUGUGUAAAGCUGUAGCUUCAUACACGAGGAAUCCAGGCAGGAAUUACUUCCAAAGGUGCUUAACCCUAAAACAGGCAACGUGACUCACGAGUCACAUUGUUUUUAUUGUCUUUUUUUGGGGCAUAAGAAUGAUUUUUUUCAUCAAAUCCUUAUCACUUAUGACAGCCUGGUCUGUCUUGAGUAUGCUGGUCACAUGAUUUGCUUCAAAUUUUUUGUGAUCAAUUAGUCAGCCUGACCUAAAUAAAACAUGGCUGCCAGUGGUGCAGAACAAUCAAAUUUUAGAAAUAGUAAAUAUAUAUUAAACUAACUUGUCUCCUGGGGAAAUUUUUUAAAAUAAUGCUGACAU